AUGGCCUCCAGAUUUGGUUUGUUAGAAAAACAAUUUUACAAACAAUCUUUCAAUAAAUUUAGGGCUCAGGAAAGUGAAAGCUUGAUUGAGUUAGUGGAGGACUUCCCAUCAAAAUCUACUUUUUGGGUCUUAAUUGAAAACUGGGAGGGCCCCAGAUCCGAUGGGAAGUUGUCCAGUAAGGUGUCCUCAACCCAAUUCCCCAGUGGACCCAUACUACCAACUCCCAUUGAAACACUAUGGACAACUGUUAACGGGCACUUCUACCAUGGCUGGUUUAUCUCCAAUUGCCAAGACAAAUGGGGGACUCGCCUAAGUGAAAGACACUUGAGGGCAGUGGGAGCAUAUAAUUUCGAAAGAUCAAGUAUUUAA